AGUCUUUGCAGUUGAAGCUAAAGUUGGUUUACAGUGGGAUAACGUUCCCAUGGAUAAAUGCAGCGAUGACCUCGUCAAGCUGGCCACGACAGAUGCCUCUGCCUGUGUCCACCUGCACGGGGCGACGCUGCUCUCGUGGACCUAUAAAGGGAAGGAACAUAUUUUUCUGAGCGAGCAAGCGGUGUUUGAUAACAAGAAGGCGAUUCGUGGCGGUAUACCUUUCGUUUUCCCAAACUUUGGGCCAUGGAGCUUGGGUCCUCAGCACGGAUUUGCGAGGACAUCACGAUGGACCUUGAAGGAGGCGCCACACACUUUGGCAAACGGAGACACCACAGCCGUCUUUAUCCUGUCGGAUGUCGAGCAGACCAGGGCUAUCUGGGAUUUCAGGUUCCAGCUGAUUUAUCGGGUGACCUUGAGGAGCAACCAACUUGUCCUUGAGGUUGAGGUGGUGAACACAGAUGAAAAGGAGUUUGAGUUCACUCUGCUUCUGCAUACCUACCUGAAGACAGACGACAUCCAGCUUUGCUCCAUCUCGAACCUAAAAGGCUGCUCUUACAUCGAUAAGGUAGAUGGAAAUAAAGAAAAGACUGAAACUGCCGAAUUGGUCUGCAUCAAGAAAGCUACUGACAGAGUGUAUAAGAAGACCGGUGAAAAGCACUCCUGCAAGCUGAACGGCUCCACUGUGAAUAUUAUAAAAAAGAACUUUCCAGACACCGUUGUCUGGAAUCCCUGGGACCAGAAUGCCAAGGACAUGGCAGACUUUGGGGACGAAGAAUAUCUGAAGAUGAUCUGCGUCGAGGCAGGUGCCGUGUCCGAGCCAAUCAUCCUAAAGUCCAAGGGUGUUUUCAAGGCGUCUUGCACCUUGGAAGUCGCUGCCUGAACAGUUAUAGCUGGGCACACUCUUUUCUAUUGCAUAUUUUCUAAAUGGUGAGGGAUUAUACUAGUAAAAUGUAUUUCUACACAUGUAUUAUACAGGUUGUUUCACGUACGACAGUGUUAUUUGUAACAGCUGGCACAUAGAGGUUGAAACGUAUGCACUCAUAGAUUGUUUUGUCCGGGAAUUGCCUUACUCGAAAUGAAAUUGGUCAGUCUUGCCUGGGACAGUCCCAAGAAAAAGCUUUCCUGAGGUUGGGUGGGGAUGCUCUAUCAUUCUGCAGCCUUAAAAGUGCUCUUUCUUGAGUCUGUCUAAAAGACUGAUUGAUUUUAAUGUGAGCAAGCCAUUCCAGGGAUUAUGUGUUAGCGGUAUUUAUCGAAAGCAAGGAAAAAAGAGUUUCAGAGUCUUGAAAAAGAAUGAAAACUCGAAAAAAGAAAUUGAUUGUGUGAAACUAUUUUUUUAUUCUUUAUGAUAUAAUAAACCAACUAGUGAAACUUUU